AAAGAAAUUAUCUGCUGAGAGAACGAUCUACAACUAAAUUGUUUCUCUAGUAACCAUGCAUCGCUCAUCCCUAUUUCUCCUAGCAAAUCGUGUUACCAAACCUUGUGAUGUUUUCAUUAACCACAGAGGGAUCGACACAAAGAGAACGGUUGCUACUUUGCUUUACGACCACCUUUCCCGGUUAAACCUACAUCCUUUCUUGGACAACAAGAACAUGAAGCCAGGAGAUAAGUUGUUUGAUAAUAUCAAUAGUGCAAUAAGGAAAUGUAAGGUUGGUGUUACUGUUUUUUCUCCUCGGUAUUGUGAGUCAUACUUCUGUCUUCAUGAAUUAGCUCUUAUUAUGGAGUCAAAGAAAAAGGUAAUCCCUAUCUUUUGUGACAUUAAGCCCUCACAACUUCGUGUUGUGAACAAUGGAAAAUGUCCUAUGGAGGAUAUACGGAGGUUUAACUGGGCUCUUGAAGAGGCUAAGUACACUGUAGGACUCACUUUCGACUCCUUGAAAGGGAACUGGUCGGACGUUGUAACAAGCGCAUCGGAUAUUGUCAUCGAAACCUUACUUGAGAUUGAGAGCGAAAAGCAGAUGCAGCGCCGUAAAAGCACUCCAAUAUUGCAUGUCUAGUACAUGUCUCUUUCAUUGAAGAUGAAGGUUUCCAAUGCGACCGAGAGAUCGUCCAUUGUGAAGCCUUUGCUGCCUGUUUAUCAUUCAAUUUGUGUUAACAAAUUGUAAAACCAAUCUUUCAUUUAUCAAAAAAAUGUUAAAAAAAUUAUUUAUUUAAUUAUUUAGUUAA